AUGUCUACCACAACCGGCGGCGGGGAGUUCGGCAAUCCUCUACGCAAGUUUAAACUGGUCUUCCUGGGCGAACAGAGCGUGGGAAAGACAUCCCUCAUCACCAGGUUUAUGUAUGACAGUUUUGACAACACCUAUCAGGCAACGAUUGGAAUUGACUUUUUAUCAAAAACUAUGUAUCUAGAAGAUCGCACGAUUCGGCUGCAGCUCUGGGACACAGCGGGACAGGAGCGUUUCCGCAGCCUCAUCCCGAGUUACAUCCGAGACUCAGCCGCUGCAGUUGUGGUUUAUGACAUAGCCAAUCUAAACUCUUUCCAACAAACCUCAAAGUGGAUCGACGACGUUCGAACGGAGAGAGGAAGUGAUGUCAUUAUCAUGCUUGUUGGCAACAAAACAGACCUUGCAGACAAAAGACAAGUUUCUGUCGAGGCGGCAGAGAGGAAAGCGCGAGAGCUCAAUGUGAUGUACAUAGAGACCAGUGCCAAGGCUGGUUAUAACGUCAAACAGCUUUUCCGUCGUGUUGCGGCUGCAUUGCCAGGAAUGGACAGUGCAGCGGAGAAAAGCAAAGAAGACAUGAUCGACAUCAAACUGGAGAAGCAGCCAGAGAUGACAGUCACCGAGAGCAGCUGCUCAUGCUAG